AUAUCUCUUCGGAUCAUGGCCCACGUGAGACAUUUUCGGACAUUAGUUUCGGGAUUUUACUUCUGGGAAGCAGCACUGCUACUCAGUUUGGUUGCAACAAAAGAAACAGAUAGUGCGAGAUCUCGAACUGCUCCAAUGUCACCUUCUGACUUUCUGGAUAAAUUAAUGGGGAGGACAUCGGGGUAUGAUGCAAGAAUAAGACCCAAUUUUAAAGGCCCUCCAGUUAAUGUCACGUGCAACAUAUUCAUAAACAGCUUUGGCUCCAUCGCGGAGACAACUAUGGAUUACAGAGUGAAUAUCUUUCUUCGCCAGAAAUGGAAUGAUCCUCGCCUUGCAUAUAGUGAAUAUCCUGAUGACUCUUUAGACCUGGACCCUUCCAUGUUGGACUCCAUUUGGAAACCUGAUUUGUUCUUUGCCAAUGAAAAGGGCGCCAACUUUCAUGAAGUUACUACAGACAACAAAUUGUUAAGAAUUUUCAAGAAUGGAAAUGUUCUUUAUUCAAUAAGAUUGACAUUAACACUCUCCUGCCCAAUGGAUCUCAAGAAUUUUCCAAUGGAUGUACAAACAUGUAUAAUGCAACUGGAAAGUUUUGGGUACACAAUGAAUGAUCUCAUUUUUGAAUGGCAAGAUGAAGCACCUGUACAAGUGGCAGAAGGACUCACUUUGCCCCAGUUUCUGUUGAAAGAAGAGAAAGAUUUACGAUACUGCACUAAACAUUACAACACAGGAAAGUUCACAUGUAUAGAAGUGCGAUUCCAUCUUGAACGACAAAUGGGAUACUAUCUGAUCCAGAUGUACAUCCCUAGUCUCCUGAUCGUUAUUCUAUCCUGGGUUUCAUUCUGGAUCAAUAUGGAUGCUGCUCCGGCCAGAGUAGCUUUGGGAAUAACCACUGUGCUGACUAUGACCACGCAGAGUUCAGGAUCCCGAGCUUCCUUACCAAAGGUUUCAUAUGUCAAAGCUAUUGACAUUUGGAUGGCAGUAUGCCUCCUUUUUGUGUUUUCAGCACUUCUGGAAUAUGCAGCUGUAAAUUUUGUAUCAAGACAACACAAAGAACUUCUGAGAUUUCGACGAAAGAGAAAGAAUAAGACAGAAGCUUUUGCAUUGGAGAAGUUUUACCGUUUCUCAGACACGGAUGAUGAGGUAAGGGAAAAUCGAUUCAGCUUUACAGCCUAUGGAAUGGGACCAUGUCUGCAAGCAAAGGACGGUGUGACCCCAAAGGGCCCAAACCAUCCUGUCCAGGUAAUGCCGAAAAGUCCUGACGAAAUGAAAAAAGUCUUCAUCGACCGGGCCAAGAAGAUUGACACCAUCUCCCGAGCCUGCUUCCCAUUAGCCUUUUUGAUUUUUAAUAUUUUUUACUGGGUUAUCUAUAAAAUUCUUAGGCAUGAGGAUAUUCAUCAGCAACAAGAUUAA